AUGGCAUUCCAGCAAAUGCAACAAGAAGCUCCCGUUCUCAAAUACCCAGAAGAUUUCGGUCUUCAUCCAAAUGUCUCCCUAGAAAACGCAGCUAACAUGCUAUUCCGUGCCAUCCAAACCUCUCAAAACCAAGCCUACACAUGGACUUUUAUCGACAAGCCACAAGAAGGUCAAAUAUAUCUCUUGUUCAUGCCAAAUCCUUCUCAGCCUCUGAACGACGGAAUCCGAUGGCAAGACCAAGAAAGCCGAUACACUAUCCCUGUCCAACGCGGUACGCGGGAACUCGAAGUCGCAGAAGUUAAAUUCGGUUUCAUACCCAACUCCCAAGACACAGCAGCAUGGCGCAUGCGCCGACGCUACCGCCUUCACAAAGGCGGCCACCCUCAACUAGUCCUAAUUCACUACUCCCGCGUACCUCCCAUCCGCACUACCCACUACGACAAAUCACGGACCCUCCUAUAUAUGUCAUUGGCGAAAGAGCGGGUCAAAAAGCCUUCCCACACCCCCGCAGGUCCGCAUCAAGGCGGUAUGCCCCAAGUAGGAAUGAACCCGCAGGCAAUGAUAGCGCAGCAGAACAGUAAUAUGGAGGCUUUGGAGAGGAGGAGGGAGCGUGAACGGGCGAGAGAUGCGAGUGGGGGCGUUGGGGUGGGCCAACGGCCUGGUCCUCCACGGAUAGAUGAUGACGAAUCCGCAGAUGAAUCUGAACUGCUAUCCACACGGACACUAGCAAUUACAAGAUAUCGGAGAAACCACGAGUUAAUGGAAGAAGUCUUCAGGCAUGCAACUUUUGGCGGCAAAAAACCAUCGUCAUCAAAAAGAAUAUACGAGGGGUUUGACAAAGCAGAACUAGAGGCUAAAAUUGCUAAAUUGCAAGACAACGUUGGGGCACUUCAGGCCAAGGCUGCUGAGCGGAAGGCUCAGAAAGUAGCAGCGGACGACGUGAUAGUUACAGCUAGCGGUCACACCCCGAUGGAACUUACUACUUAACCACUGUGCUUUUCAUUUGUAUCUUGCUACUCGUCAUAUCACGCAUAGAUUUCAUGCAGAUAGGUAUUGUGAAUGAGGUGCUCGAGAUUCCCUAAGGAUAAAACAAGUAGUACAAUCUGCUAAGUACUAAGGCAUGUGCAAUAUAACUUUUGCCAUCAAGUGUAUCUCAAACACCAAGGGCUACGCUACGCAAUACAAAAUACAGUGAUGAGCCGACACAAACAAAGCAAGAUAAAUAGCAAUUGUUCGAUCAGCAACCCACAAAUCUGAUGGUCCCCAGAAGAUAUUUCCUUUAAAGACAGCGAAAUGUAGUUGCCCCUCACGGUCACC